AUGUCUUGUGAACACGAACAUCAUCAGCAUGAGGCGCCGCCAAUUGAAACUUCAUCCGCCCAAAGUUUGAAUACCCAGAUCGAUUUCACCAAGCUUACGGCUCUAAAUUGCACUACCCCUAACUCCAAACUAUAUGAGAUUUUUAUCCAUGAAGGAGAGGAAUCCAAGAUCACACUUUCCAGUGACUGUGAUAACCAACUUAUAUUGAAUAUCCCUUUCGUUUCUUCCGUUAAACUAUAUUCCUUGAUAUUGAAAACUUCACCCGAUAACGAUCAUUGUCCAAAAAAAAUCUCUCUGUUCAAGAAUGCGGAUGUCGAUUUUGAAACCACGGCGCCGAAAAAUACACAUCAUUUUGAACAGCCUCUAGUUGGAGAGUUUGUUGAACAUCACUUGCCUCGUCGCUUGUUUACAAAUGUUCAUAAAUUGACUAUUUUCUUCGAAGGAAACUGGAGCAACGAUGAGUUCGAAAGUUUGGAGAUAUUAGGAAUAGAAUUACGAGGUGAAUGGGCUCCGUUAACUAAAGAUCCGAUUAUCACGUUAUAUGAAGCAGCUGCCAAUCCUGCAGAUCAUAAAUCUUUAGCACAGGAGACCCAAGAUAGCGCCACUUGCUAG